UUCCUGUUUGUAAGUGUUGCUCUUACGUGAUAGAAACAAAAAUAAAGUGUUACAUAAUAUAAUUUGAUUAUGAACGUUCGUUGACAAAACAAUAGUGUUGUAGUAUUUAGAUUCAGUUAGUCACAUAGUGAGUGUGAAGAGAACAGUUCAGAACAAUGCCGACACAUUUCUCGUAUCCACCUCCCGCUCUCCAGGAUGAGCUGAAGAAGACCGCUGAAACCAUAGUUGCCCCAGGGAAAGGAAUCUUGGCCGUAGAUGAAACUAAUGAGGGAAUCGGCAAGUUACUGGCGUCUGUCGGUUUGCAGAACACGGAGAAUAACAGGAGACGAUACCGUCAACUGCUCUUCACUACUGAUGAUUCACUCUCGGACUACGUGUCAGCAACAAUCCUCUUUGACGAGACAGUCUACCAGAAGACGGAAGAUGGUACCCCCUUCAUGCAGGUUCUGAAGAAGAAGAACAUCAUUCCUGGCAUCAAGUUGGAUAAGGAUGUCGUACCUCUGUUCUUGUCUGAAGAUGAGAUUACUACGCAAGGUCUCGACGACUUGGCGAAGCGCUGCGCCGAGUACAAGAAGCAGGGCUGCAGGUUCGCCAAGUGGCGCUGUCCAUUGAAGAUCGGGGAGCAUACUCCGUCAGUGCAGGCUAUUGAGGACACUGCGCACGUGCUGGCCAGAUAUGCCUCCAUCUGCCAGAGCGAGGGGCUGGUCCCGAUUGUUGAGCCCGACGUAUUGUUGGAUGGCGACCACGACAUAGUAAGAGCACAGAAAGUAACAGAAGUGGCGCUGGCAGCACUAUACAAGGCUUUGAACGACCAUCACGUUUACUUGGAAGGGACUUUGCUUAAACCUAACAUGGUAACUCCAGGUCAAGGGUACCCUAAGAAGAGUACUCCAGAGCAAGUAGCGCAGGCUACAGUCACUGCGUUGCUUAGAGGUGUACCAGCUGCUGUACCUGGUAUUGCCUUCCUAUCUGGUGGCCAAUCCGAGGAAGAAGCGACAGCCAACUUGAAUGCCAUCAACAGAGUCAACUUGAAGAAGCCCUGGGCUCUGACAUUCAGUUACGGCAGAGCACUCCAAGCCUCUGUCUGGAAGACCUGGGCUGGCAAGGAUGAGAAUGUCAAGAGAGCGCAACUGGAGCUACUGAAGAGGGCCAAGGCGAACGGUUUGGCAUCGCGCGGCUCAUACGACGGUAUACUGACGUCCUCGGCUGGGGACAAGUCAAACUUUAGCAAGAACCACAAGUACUGAAGAUUAUUUAUACCUAGUGGGACACCACCAUAACUAUACCUAAGUAUAUACAGAGCGACACCGUAACAAAAACUUUGGAGGAGGAUUCAGACCGUCAUUCUAAGUUGAUAAUUUUAUCAAGUGAAACACUACACUUUUUAAAAAAUAUUUUCAGUUCCAUAUUUUUGAGGCGGAAAAUUUCACUUGAUAUCAAUACAGAAUCAUGGUCUGAAAAGUCUGAAUCAUCCCUCAAAGUUUUCGUUAUGGUGUCACUAGCACCCUGUAUAUAUAGCAAUUUUAUAAUGGGGGAUUCAGCUUACAUUAUGUGAUCGGUAUAAUCGUGUUGUAAAUAAAAAUAUACUUCUUCAAAUUGA